AUGAUCACAAUAAAAUAUAAAAUAUUGGUCGGAUAUGAGCAAACUCAUACUGAACGGAGUCAAAAAACUCCUGUGAAUGAAUUGAAGAACCGGCUCUUCCACGAUAUCACCUUGGUGAAAUCAUCGGAGGAAAAGUUGAAAAGUCUGAAAUUCCCAAUUCGGUGUGAAAAGCGGAACAUGAUGAACCUAGCGAUAGCUACGACCACAGAAAAAGUUGAAAAAAGUUGUGAUGGUAUCCUCAUCGCUGCCAUGAGGAUAAAUAAUGACCCCUACACAACUACAUUUGCAGAAGCAAAUGUGAAGAUCUACUUUUCACCUCAUCAAUCAAGUCGAUCUUGUCCGUCACCAGUGCUGCUCAAAGUUUACGCUUUGCCCUCAGGCCUGCAGAUGGCUAGCGAUGAAUUUUUCACGAUAGAUGAGUUCGUAGAGUUUCUAGUCGCCUCACAACAUUAUGCUGUGGUAAUGGUGAGAGUGCUACACAGGAUAUCAGCUGGGGGCAAUAUGCUUGUGCUCCUCAGAAGACAGCUCCCUGUCUCAGUUCCUUCAUCCAACACAAGUAUGGAAACCUGGCAGAAAACCUUCGGAAAUCUUUUUGAAUUGGGCGAAGGUGUACGGCAGGAAAGAACCUGGAAAGGAAUCGCGACUCUACUCGUCCUUAUGUUUGUUUGUUCACUGAUUGGCUUAGCCUCCCAUCUGUUCACACCAGGAGGAGAUAGUCUAACCCAAGACGACAAUGGCAAGUUUCAAGGAAUUACAUUGCUACCCAACCGGAUCUGCACUCAGUUAAGGUGGAAAGGCAAGAAGCUUCCGGCUUUUCUCAGCAAGGAUAAAGAGGAGGAAAAUUCGAUGCUGCUGAUCAGCUACACAGAUCGGAAAAGCUAUCCGAGUGUGAUACAACAAAAGUGUUCAAAAACUAACGAGAAACAAUUACCAACAUUCAUUCUUUUCGUAUGGGAUAAGGAGACCCGCGAACUAAAGCAGAUGGACGAUGAAACUGAACAGAACGUGUAUCCAAAUGAAGACCAUGCUAUAGGGUCAUCCCGGUUCUCUUUGCAGGAGAAAAUAGCGUCGUUCCUUGAACAAUGUGCCACAAGUGUAUGA